CAGGCGGGAGGCGGCGGGUCGGGCGGCACCGCGGCACCGCGCUCGGCCGGCGGCGGAUCUCCUCCCGCGGCGGAGGCGGAGGAAGAGACCAUGUCUGGCAGGAAGACGGGCGCUGCGCUGUAACGGCGGCGCGGCCGCGGCACCGUACACGCAGCGGGCGGCCCCGCGCCGAGCGCAGACACCGGGCCGGCGGGACGCUGGGCGCAUCCGUUAUCAGGCAAGGUUGACGAUGAUCCCUCAAACUCUCUGAAGAACCAGCAUGGAGAUUGGCAUGCUGAACUGCUAAUGGGGACAUGGGACUCAAGUUGUCGUUGAUCAUUUGUGUGGACUUAACUAGCGAAGAGCAACAGAAGACGCUAGGAAGACAGUGGGAAUUAUAGCAGUUUUUCAGGUCACCAAAUCUUGUUAUUUUAAUUUCUGUCUGGAAGAAUGUCUGAGCAAGGUAAAUUGAACCAGGAGAUAGCGGAGGAAGCUGUGAAAGAGCAGGAGUCUGCCAUCUCUGAAGCGACCCCAGACAACUGUAUCCUUAAUAAAUCUGAAAGCUCAGAACUAGAGGAGAAGGAGGAAAAGCUGAGUGAUGGCAAGACAGAACUGCAGAAACGAGGUGCAAACCAGCAGAAAAAGAGAUCCAAGUCAGGAGCUAAAGGAAAGCUUGUCCGGAGUCUUGCUGUGUGCGAGGAGUCGUCCCCUCGCCCAGGAGCAGAAACUCUUCAUGAUAAUCAGGAAUCAAUACAACUACAGCUUUCAAGUUUUCCUAGUUUGCAAGAAGAAGAUAAAACUAAUAAAGAUGACUCCGAGAAAGAAAAGGAGAAAGAUAAAAAUAAAGAUAAAAACAGUGAAAAAAACAAGAUCAGAAUGUUAUCAAAAGAUUGCAGUCAAGAGUAUACAGACUCAACGGGGAUAGAUUUGCACACAAUAAUUAAAUUAUUAAAGAAUAACCCCAGGGACAGGAUGAUACUCUUGAAAAUGGAACAGGAAAUUAUUGAUUUUAUUAGUGACAACAAUAAUCACUAUAAAAAGUUUCCUCAGAUGUCAUCGUAUCAGAGGAUGCUGGUACACAGAGUGGCAGCUUACUUUGGAAUGGAUCACAAUGUGGAUCAAACUGGGAAAUCUGUAAUUAUCAACAAGACCAGCAAUACCAGAAUACCAGAGCAAAGGUUUUCUGAACAUUUAAAAGAUGAAAAAGGUGAAGAAUCCCAGAAGCGAUUUAUCUUGAAGCGAGAUAACUCUAGUAUUGAUAAAGAAGACAAUCAGCAAAACAGAAUUCUUCCAUUUAGAGAUGACAGACGAAGUAAAUCAAUUGAAGAGAGAGAAGAGGAGUAUCAGAGAGUGAGGGAGAGAAUAUUUGCACAAGAUUCAGUUUGCUCCCAGGAAAACCUUUUUGUGGAAAACAGUAGGCUCUUGGAAGACAGUAGUAUAUGCAAUGAUACCCAUAAGAAAAGACAACUGUUUAGGGGUAACAGAGAUAGCACAGGGAAGGCAUCUGGCAGUCGGCAGAGCAGCACGGAGAAUGAAUUGAAAUGGACAGACCACCAGAGGCCAUGGAGCAGCACAGACUCGGACAGUUCAAAUCGAAAUUUGAAGCCAGCCAUAACAAAGACAGCAAGUUUUGGUGGCAUAACCGUCCUGACAAGAGGAGAUAGCUCAUCAAGUAACAGAAGUACCGGCAAACUGUCUAAAACAGGCUCAGAGUCUUCCAGCAGUGCUGGCUCCUCAGGAUCCCUGUCACGAAUACAUCAGCCUCUCCAAAGUGCACCUCUUGUCCCCGGGUUGACGGCCAGCAAUUCGGGCAGCGUGUCCUACCCUGAGAACGGGAUGAGUGGCCAGGUGGCUCCCAGCAACACCAGCUAUAUCAUUCUUCCACUUGAAGCUGCAGGGAUACCGCCUGGCAGUAUCUUGCUCAACCCACACACAGGUCAACCCUUUGUAAAUCCUGAUGGGACACCGGCAAUAUACAAUCCUCCCAGCAGCCAGCCAACCAUGAGGAGCCAGAUGGUGGGACAGUCUCAGCAACAGCCUUCAUCCCAGCAGCCUCAGCAGGUUCAACAGCCUCAGCAGCAAAUGGCAAGUCACCUUGUCACGCAGCGAGAUGACAUGACCACCCAGUUUAACCAGAUGAGUUUAAGUCGUCAGUCAUCUGGAGACAACCCCGAAUCGCCUUCUGGCCCUGUCUACCCGUCACCCAUUCUGCAGCAACCUGCCCAGCAGACGGGUUACAUCAUGGCUUCCCCAACUCAACAGCUUCCCCCAGGAGGCUUUACAGGUUCAGGUCCACCAGUGUCCCAGCAAGUGCUGCAGCCGCCACCACCACCCCAGGGCUUCGUGCAACAGCCACCACCACCUGCUCAGAUGCCAGUGUAUUAUUACCCAUCUGGUCAGUACCCUACCUCAACAACUCAGCAGUACAGACCCAUUGCCUCAGUUCAGUACAAUGCACAGCGGAGUCAACAAAUCCCACAGACUGCACAGCAAGCAGGUUACCAGCCUGUCCUGCCGAACCAGCAGCAAGGGUUCCAGGGCCUCAUGGGAAUGCAGCAGCCUCCCCAAAGCCAGAGCCUGAUGAAUAAUCAACAGGGAAACCAGGUGCAAGGCAUGAUGGUGCAGUAUCCAGCCAUGUCGUCUUAUCAGGUGCCAAUGACCCAGGGUUCUCAAGGACUGCCACAACAAUCGUAUCAACAACCAAUCAUGCUACCUAAUCAAUCAGGUCAAGGAACACUUACAGCCACUGGAAUGCCUGUUUACUGUAAUGUCAUACCUCCUGCCCCACAGAACAACCUACGGUUGAUUGCCCCACACUGCCCCUCCAAUAACGUUCCAGUUAUUUCUGCCAGCUGCAGGACAAACUGUGCGAGCAUUAACAAUGCAGGGUGGCAGGUCAAGUACUGACACUGUGGCCUAGCGUGGAUAUACAAGGAUAGCGGUGCAUUAUUUGACAAAUAUCUCAUGGCCUUCAAAUGAAGAGGAACACAAGAGAAUAAUCAGUUGAGGACAUAAGUACUGACUAUGCUCAAGUGAUUUGCUGCUGGAAAAAUCUGUAAAAAAAUAAAAUAAAAUAAAAUUUUGAAAAAAAAAAUGUUUGCUGGUUAAUGGUGCAUAUUUUUGUCAUGUCUGCUAGGUAUGCCUUUAUAGCUUAGCUAGUGACAUGAAUUCAUUGAGGUAAGAUUUUUUCCUACCACUGAACACCACUGUGUAGAUUGUAAUAUCCCUGAUUCGGAUUAGUUUUGUACUUUGUGUUGAGUUUGUGAAGCUAAAAGUAUUUAAAAAAAUAUAAUAAAAUCACAUUGUACCAAAGCUGUAAUGGAGAUGAAGAAAAAAAAAAAAAACAAGAAUUACUGAAUGGAAGGAAUAAUUUAUAUACACUAUAGAGUUUUUUUUAUGGAUAUAUACUGUAUUGUAGUGUUUAAUCACAAUAAAGCUAUUUGACCUCAUGGAGAAAGGUCAUCUUUC